UCCAUUUCUCGACUUUAUUUCCAGGGAGAGUUGGAGAGAUACAGUGUUGCGUCCUGAGCUCAGAAAUGGAUUCAUGCAAAGAUUAAACUAGCGCAGCAGUGCGGUCGCUCAGAUCGCGAUCAUUGCGUUUUGUCGGCGGUGUCGCGACAGAGCCGGGGCCAUGGCGUCCGUCACCACUCUCUCCGGAGUGAAUGUUGUUCUGGUUAUGGCGUACGGCACUCUGGUUUUCGUGCUGCUGUUCAUCUUCGUGAAGAGACAGAUCAUGCGCUUCGCGGUCAAGUCCAGGAGAGGCCCCCACGUGCCGCUGGGACACAACGCACCAAAAGACCUGAAGGAGGAGAUUGAACUCCGGCUGUCCAAGGUGCAGGACAUCAAGUAUGAGCCUCAGCUACUGUCCGAGGGCGAUGAGAGGCUGCAGCAGCUGCAGGAGCCGGGCAGCCCGUGUUGCUUUAACUAUCUGUACAGAAUGAGAGCGCUGGAUGCCAUCAGGACCUCUGGUAGGAAAUGCAGCUUUUUCGUGUUUCGUUCCCCUCGGAGCCCUCAAAGCGCUGCAUUUAAAGGGGUGUUUGCAAAUGAAGUAGUUCCCCAAGUCUUGCACCCGCUCGCUAUGCAGGUCGGAAAUUAAUACAUGAUUUAUAGUCUGGAUUAUAAACAUGAUUUAUAGCUCUGUGCAUUUGCAUCACUUAGAAUGCAGGAUUGAGACAUAAGAAAAAAGAUACUAUAUGAACAUAAUUUAGAUCUCUUUUUAACGUUGUGUAAUUAAAAGAAAUUACAAAACGAUAUUGCAAAAGUCUGCCCAGAAGCCGUACGUGUUGACCUGUAC